CCCAACUUUCCUCCCACCUUUUGCGAAUGGCAGGAUCUUCAGAAAGGGAAAAAAUAACAGUACCUUUAGACAGUGUCCUUGUGGAUCCAGCUGUGCAGCUCUGCUGCUCUGCGGUCUCUGGACACAAUCUCCAGUAAAGUCCAACAGGUUCUCCUGUUUGCCUUGGCUGUGAACUCUGCCCAUCUUCAGGGUCUUGUUUCUUCAGCUCCAGGCUAGAUUCCAUGGUCACUCUUGGGGUGACCAUCAGUUUCACACGUCCAGGGGUCACCAAUUCUUGCUUUGACUGCAACCCCUGGUGCGAGGACACGAGGCUUGACUCCACUUUCAUCAGAAGGCUGAUUUAUUAUGAUAUAUACUAUACUAAAAUGCUACAUUACAACUAUACUAAAAGAACAGAGAGAGAAAGAUCAGAAGGCUACAAAGACAAGAAUAGAACAGGAAUCAAUAACAAAAAUCCUGUGACUGCGCACAGCCUUGACACAGGUGGCUGUGAUUGGUCACUGAUUGAAAACAAUCCACAUGAACCAAUGGAAGAUUCACCUGUGGCAUUCCACAGCAGCAGAUAGUUAUUGUUUACAUUUCUUUCCUGAGGCCCUCAGCUCCUCAGGACAGGAAAAAUCCUAGCAGAGGCUUUUUCACUAAAAAUCCUGGCAACACCAUAUUUUGCCCAUCUAUGGUGAUCCAGCAGAAUGUCAAACCCAAGAGCAAUGCCCCAAGAGCAGAGGUGGUGCUGGGGAAAGGGAGGCAGGGCUUCAAAGUGUCUCAGGAUGGGUCCCCAGCUGGACUUGGCUGUUAUUUCAGCCAGAGCUUGGCCAGCUCUGUGUGAUUCCAGCAACUGAAAGCUUAAGGACAAUGACUCAUCUUUGGGAUUAUGUUUUGCAAUUCCUCCUUCAUCACAGGGACCAUGCUUAGAAGGCCAAGACCCAGCACCAGAAGCCAAGAGAAGAGCCCGGAGUAUGCAGAUCUGACUGGCUACACUCCUGCCACGAAUCUUCCUGAGACACGUCCCGCUUCACUCCUUCCCUUCAAGCCCUUGCCUCCCAUCCAAGAGAGCUCUUCCAUCAAGCUGAGCAAGAUGUAUGAUGGGGAGGAAGGGAAAGGGAAAAGUAGCACUGACAACGAAGAUGUCAGAAGAAACAACGCGGAGCAGAGUUCAGAGGGAAAAGGACAUAAGACCUCCUUGCUGUAUUCCACGGGCGGGGAAAUGAAGAAGAGACAAUUGGGAAAAUCUUUGAUUCCCCGUCUGCGCAAGGCAGGAAUUCCCCCUGUGGGCAGUGCUGCUGGGUCUGUGCACAGCUCUCCAAAGAUGGAAUUGCAGGAGUCCCAGGAGAUGAGUUUCUUCAGGGCAAGACCCAGCAGCAGAAGCCAAGAGAAGAUCCCGGAGCAUGCAGGCCUCUCACUGAGUCAGGCCAAGGAGACAGAUCAUCCCAGCAGUCCUGGUCUUAGGAGUGACAAGGAGCGGAGGGACAGCUUUGGAAAGACCCGCGCUGAAUUGUGCAGGUUGUCUAAAGAGAACUUAGAGCAGAAGAAAAUGGAGAUUUUGAUGGAAGAGAUGAAGAGGAGACAAAAUGAGAAAUCAUUGCAGCUUCCUCCAGAGACAUUUGAGCCUGGAGAUGCAGCUGAAGCAAGCUUCAGCCUACCACCUAUCAAUGGCACAGCUCCCAGUGUACAGAGAAAAGACCCUGGUAGCGCCAUGAAGAAAACGGUCGUGAGAAAGCAGGACACGGUGCCCUUACAGCCCAGUACGCCCACCCUCCAUGGAGAUGGCAGCUUCCCACGCAGCUCCUCGGGUCGGUCAGAAGCGAGUCUUGCUGGUGCCUCUGAGCCCCGAGAGCCCAGAAGGCCAAAGGGCACUGCUGAAACCACUGUGGAGCUGGAACGGAAGAAGAAGGGACUCUUGAACAUCACACUGCUGGCUGAGUCCCAUUCAGAAGUCCUACUCUGUCGGCUUCGUGAGAUUUGCUUGGCAGUUACCAGAGAGGUGACCAACCUCCGGUCCAAUGUGUCCUGCUCUGCAGUUGUCACUCUGGGAGAGCUCUUUGCGAUCUUGGGGAAGGACAUGGACUCCGAGGUGGAUCAGAUUGCUACAGUCCUUCUCCACAUGUUGCGGAACUCCCCAGAGUUUAUUCAGAAGGCAGCCUGUCAGAGCCUGGGCAUGAUGGUAGAGAACGUGAUUCCUACACGAGCAAUGACUGCUCUCAUGGACAAUGGAGUCAAGAGCUGCUACGUCCCGGCACGGAAGUGUACGGCCGAACUCCUCCUGUCCUUGAUGGAGAAAAUGGGAGUCACGAAGCUGGCAGGCACACCCAGGGCUGAGAGGCUGGCACAGGUGGCAGGGACACUCGCUCAGGACAGUCACAAGGACACGAGGCAUUAUGGACAGGAGAUGGUGAAGAUGUUGCUUAGUAAUCAAAAAUUUCAAAAGCUUUUGGAACAAUCUCUUUCCACGCAUGACCUGGAAGAUAUCCUGAAGAGAAUUAAGAAGAAAGGGAUGGAAAACCAGAAGGCUGAACACCCACCUGUGCAGGAGCCGGUGAAGAAGAGGAAUGAAGGCUCCAAGGAGCCCCAGGCCACAUCACCUCCUAGCAAACGGGCAAAGUCUGCCACUGGUGGACGCCGCCUACACCGUGCAAGAGCCCAGGUCACAUUACCUGCAUCUGUGGAAGAAAGGGAGCUGCUCCAGAAGCUUUACCAUCUCCUGGAAGCCAAGGCGUUCCAGACACGGAUGGAAGGAGUGGCACUCCUCCUAGACCUGUCCAAAACCAGACCCCAGCUGAUCUCCACUAACAUUGUCCAAAUUUUUGAUUAUUUUGGCCUGAGAAUCUGUGACACACAUAAGAAAGUGAAGCAGAAGGCGCUGGAGGCGCUGGCAGAAAUCAUAGGACUCCUGCAGGAUGCCAUGAACCCAUUGAUGAUCCGUUUGGUUGAAGGCAUAACAAAGAACCUAAACUCAAAGGAUCCUGGGGUUCAUGCCGCAGCUAUGACGCCUCUGGACCAAUCUGUUGUGCAUUUAGAUGAAGUAUCACUGAUGAAAGAGCUCUGCCACCAAUGGAGACAACUGAGUGGCCAAGCUCUGCUGGAUGUCACGGAGCGUAUCACAGUGCUUGUGGAAUGGGCUCAUGCCAGGAGCCCUGAAGCGGUCGAGCGCUACGCCCUGCCCGUGCUCUGGUCCUGCCUGGAGAACAAGGCGCUGCCUGUGCGAAGCGCCAACGUCUGCGCUGUGGUCACCAAGCUGGCCUGUGCCUUCUGCGAGGCACUGGGCAGCCAGAUCAUUAAGUUUGCUGACAGCACACCUCCACAUGUGCAGGAAAACCUCAACAGCCUUCUGGACUGGUGAAGGUUUGAUGUUCUCCAGAAAGCGGACAAGUUUCUGAGCUGGACACCACCGGACGUGACUUUUCAGCUGUGCCAGAAAUGACAAAAUACUAAGGAAGGGUGUGCACCUGCCCCCGCUCUGUUAUCAGCAUUGCCCUUCCUAGUCAUGACAUGGGGGGCCAUAAGCAACUGCAGACUGAUGACUGGGUAAAGAUGAAGUAUGGAUCAGCCUCAAGUGAACCCAGACUGAGGAAAAGGUGAAGACUAAGCAUGGAUCAGCCUGAAGCAACUGCAGACUGAGGACAAGGUGAAGACCAAGCAUGGAUCUGCCUCACACAGAGAUACGACUGGCUACAGUCUUUCCAAGAAGUUUUCUCUGGACAUUUCUGAUAUUCCCUUACCAAGAAAGUCCUUGCCUCCAGUCCAGAAAUGCUCUUUCCUCCAAGAUCAGGAAGAACCUGUAAACUGUCCAAAGAAUGUUUCAAGAAUAGGAUUUAGGCUUUAGGAUUAUCAAGAAUAGGAUUCAUUAAGAAUAGGAUUCAUCAAGAAAAGUAUUCAUCAACAAUAGGAUUCAUCAAGAAUAGGAUUCAUCAACUAUAGGAUUCAUCAACAAUAGGAGUUAGGAUUUUGGAAUAGGUUUAGGCUUCAUAGUUGCAGAUGUAUCUAUGUUCUGAUAGUUUUGAAUAAAUGUGUUUGAUUGUAUAUUUAAAUUUUGAUGACAUAUUUUAAUUGUAUAUAUUUUAUUUUGAUGAUUUAAAAAAACUUAAAUGAAUCAAUUAAAUUUAAAUAAACCAAAAGAAGAAUGUGACACCAGGAUCUCCUGGAGAUUAUGGGA